GUCAUUCGCACGGCGACAUUCGAACGAGAGGGUGUUGUUAUUCGCGCGCUGACAAUUUGACCGGAAAAUUGAUUAUCGAAAGACAAUUCACUGUAUACGAAUUAAGGAAAUUUACGUUUUGCGACGUGGCAGCACUGAGUUGAUGAAUUUCUGUGCUAGCGCUAAAAGUCCGAAUUUUCUCACUCGAUGUACCAUCUAGAAUUCGCGUGACUCUGCUUGUCGGGAAGCCGGGCGGUGAUUGGCCGGCCGGGAAUGUAGCGAAAACGGAUGUUUGAGAGAUAUGAAUGAUAAGAUAAAUUUGAAUUUCUCUCAUAUCUGAACGAAAAAAACACAGAAUUCAUAUAUAAUUCUACGCAUUGAAGUGUCAAAAAUGUUGAUCUACGAUGUGUUGCACAAAGAAAAGGUAUAUCAUAUUGUCGCUAACGAUCUCAGAAGCCUCGGGGUUAAAUAUCGCUUCAAGAAGAGUAUGCUUAAGAGCGAACGACCCGAGGCCUGCAAGAACAUCUCCAAGAGAAUCUUCAAGACUGCCUUGUUUUAUCAGCCUCUGGACAUUGUGAAUUUAUCGUCAGGUGCCAUAGUACACGUUCCUGUAUUUGUGAUUCAAGCCUCGACGUUCCUGGAAAAGUAUAUCACUCAGGAAGGCCUCUUCAGGAAAGCUGGUUCUCAAGCCAGGCAGAAGGAAUUGAUAUCUCGUCUGGAUGGCGGUGGCAGUUUAGGCGAAAAGAAUUACGCCAUUGAUGUUGCUAAUUCCUUGAAAUGCUUCUUCCGUGAUUUGCCAGAACCAUUGAUUCCAUAUACUUAUCACGACUUGUUUGUACACUGUGCAUUGUUAAAGAGUUAUCGGGUACAAGCAAUACUGUUAGCAUGUACACUGCUACCUCCGUAUCAUUUAAACACUCUAGCGUUUUUCAUGGAAUUUUUGAAAAAAGUUUCCAUAUACGAGAAACAAAACAAGAUGAGCAUUGAAAAUUUGGCAAAAGUUGUCGGACCCAAUAUUAUGCCGUUGCAAGAUACAUCCAUGUCAGCUGUACAGAACAGAUUGCAAAUGCAUUUAACUAUUAUUAAGAUUCUCAUUGAAAACUCAGAAAAAAUUGGUAUCUUACCACCUCAUAUUGUGCAAAGUAUUUCUGCUGAAACAAGCGGCAGCACGGAUAAUGGGUUGGACUCCUUUGAACAUGGGAAUUCUAAAAAGAAGAAGCAUCGUAGUGGAAGCCUUACACGAAUGUUUAAUGGUUUGAAGAAAAUGGUUGGAAAAGGUACAGAUGACACACCUAAUAUCAAUCAUCUACAUCCUGCUGUACAUUCAGGCCUAUCAAAUAUGCCUGCAAAUAAAUACCAAAAACGAAAAGUAGCUGAAAGAGAAUAUCCCCCGAAUAUAAAGAAAAAAAGAAUGGCUGAAAAGUUGGAUAAAUCAAAAAAAUUAAGACUGAGUUUGGACAAAUUUGUACCUAAGAAUAAGCAAAAGAACGCUGAUGAUUUAUCUGGUUUAUAUAUGAAUAAUUACAAGUCAUGUAGUGAAAGACAUUGGAAUUCGGUAAGCAAUACUUUCAAUAUAUAUAAAAUAUAUAAAUAUAACAAUGAAAUAACAUAUAUAAUGAAUUAUAAUGAACCAUUAAAUAAUUAUUUUCAGCAGGAGUACGAUGAUAUGUUUACUGAUGCCACUGUGGAUUUAUCAGAUGAUGGCGAGCAGAAUUUACUUAUAAAUGAAAGCCAUUGCAAAAGUGAUGAUCAGUGGAAUAUAAGCAGAAAUUCAAGAAAAUUGGAUGCUACAGAUGAAAGUGAUAACCUUUGUUUGAUGCCUGAAGAAAAGACUGAUUCAGAAGAAUUUAAUACUCUUCUCAAUGCUGAUACAGUAUCUUUAUCAAGUGAUCAGUGUGACGAAGAUUAUGUCAAGAUCUCUAAGAAAGAAUACGAAGAAAUAAAAAAUCGAGUUUCUGCAAUCGAAUCGCGUAUUUCUCAAGAAUUUGGAUGCAUAUAUAAUGAAGAAAAUAAUAUGUCUACACAUUCUGUAAACAAAGUACAAACAGCAUAUGAGAAAACAUUAGAAGAGGCUAGUAUCGAAGAUACUUUGACGAGUGAUUAUUUAGCAAAGAAAUUGAGUAAAGAACUGAAAAUUAGAAGAUCAAGAGAACAUAAAAUAAUAAGAUCUCCUAGUGCAAGGAAAAUUGGUUCAUUAAGAAGACGUUCACAGGAGAAGAUUGCAAGCAAACGUAUUAGACGAACUGCAUCAUGGCAUAUUUCACCAGAAUUUAACCUACAGCAUCAUGUUCAACUUGAAGGAUCAGUAAAUGUUCAGCCCAUCGAAAAACAAUCGAAUUUAUUUUCUAAUGAAUACUUAGAGAAACAGUCCUAUCCCACAGAAAGAUAUAAUGGAAUUAUUUCCAACAAUACAAGAGACGAAAUAACAUAUUUACGUAAUCAGAUGAAUACAGCAAUUUCUCGUUCAGCAGAGCAAUACAAAACUUCAAAUAAUGAUUUGAAUCUUUCUGAAUUUAAAGAUUUAAAUUUGACGAAUAAUUGUACAACCUCAUAUGUGCGUAGAGCAUCAUCUUUUCAUGGAAAAGACUUUGUAGAUAAUUCGUGUUAUUUUGAAAAGAAAAUUGAUGACUUAAAAAAGACCAAUAGUCAUCAGAACAUAGCCUUAAAUAAUGAUUUACAAAGAGAUAAUAUUGUUUCUGAAGGCUCAAAAGAAAUAUCUUGGAAAGAUGCAGAUAAAUAUUUUCAAUCAGCGUCCCGAAUAAACACACCUACUCCACAAACUGGUAGGGCAUCGGUUGCAAAACUUCGAACGCAAAAUGCUGGUAUGGUGCUAGCCAAAGCGAAAUUGUUUGAUGAAUGCACCACAAAAACAUCGGAAUUUGUUUCUGCCAAGGUAUUAAACAGAAAACAGUGUGGUAAUAAUGUAAAUAAACAUUCUCGGAAUAUGAAUACUAAAGAAAUGGAUAUGAACACUGAACAUUUUAAGCAAUCAUAUAAAAGGACAGAAGUUUCUCGAAAACAAUCGAAUAAGGAUUUGAAAAGUAAAAUAUCUCCAAAAGCACAAGUCAAGACACAAAUAAUAGAUACAUUAAAACCACUUCAAGAACGAGUGGAUAAGAAUUAUCAUUCUACACAAAAAUUCGAAUUACAAAAUCAGAAAUUCUUAAAUAAAGAUCCAAUUGUACAAACUUUUACUAAAGAUAAAGGAAUUAAUGUUACAGAUAAUAUGGAAAAUCGUCAAAAAGAAAAUAUUGCUGCAAGAGUAUCUCCAUUGACGAAGAAAUCUAUCAAUACAAUACUGGAGAUUAAUUCAAAUAUGUCUCCAUAUAAAUCAGAUGUUAACAAAACGCCGCAUAUUAAGCGACCUUUAACAGUAAAGACUCCGAAAAGUUCUAAAUUGGUGCGGAGGCCUCCAGUUGAUACACGUAGAACACCAUUGAAAGCAACAGCACAAUUAGGAACUCCAAAACGUCAAAGUCCUAAAAGUAUCUUGAAAACAAAAGCUCUCAGUAUGCAUACAUAAUAGAUGCACAAAGUAUAAUCAUAAAUAUUAUAUGUUAAAUUCAUGUUAUCUCAUAUAUAUGUUU